AUGCUCAAAUUCCGUGUGUGUGCCGUCAUACAGCCGACUGUGGAGGCGCACGCUCGGAUCAAUUGGAGCAGUGUAAAUGUGGAUCGGAGCCUGCGGCUGAAUGUGGGCCACCAGUACCGUCCCAUGAUGCUGACCCGUGUCAUGAUGUACUCGCUGCUGACGUUGGUUGGUGUGUGGUACGGACGCCAUCGCGAUGCAGUGCGUCGCGCCGAGCGUCGCCAGGAGCUGCUCGAGGAGCGAGCCCGUAGAAAGAGCUUUCUGGGUAGAAAUUCCAGCCAUUGGAUCACCGCGCAGCAUUCCGUGUCGCUGUAUCUGCACAUUCAGUUGCUCUUUCUGCGACGUUUGAUUGAGGCAUCGCUGGCCACCUACUGGCGGCAGUUCCACGGCGCCGUCGAAGACCCCAACAUCAAGCAGAGCAACUUCAUCAGCUUCGAGACGCAUCUGCUGGCCACGGAAUGA